CAUCCCUUUCUUCUUCUCCCGAAAACCGCAGAAAACCACCGCUGUUGGCGACGAGGUCUGCGACGGCGACGAGGAAAGCGACGGCGACGACGGCAGCGAGGUCGGCGACGAGGGCUACGGGCAGGAAGAAGACGGCGGUGCUUGGAAAUGCCGGUAGCGGUGCUUGAAGAAAGACGAAAUCGGCCGAGCAAGAAGGAAGACAUCGACGCCCGUAGCGCGAGGAAGACGACUACACCAGCUGCGAAGAGAAGAAAGUUUUUGAGGAAUUUUGCAAGAUGACAAGAUCCAAAAGAUGUUCGAUUCCAGCUCCUCCAUGAGAAGGGGAGGUGGAGGCACAUCACUGGC